AUACAAAAAUGUUAAAGAUUUAUUUUUUUAUUGUUUUGGUUCUAGUAUCUGGUGUUGAACUAAACCGUCUGGGGGGAGAAGAACAUGAACAUCAUCAUGAACACGAAGAGGAUCAUGGUGUUCAAGCACAUGAACAUGGUCAUGAACAUGAACAAGAACCCCGAGAUGGAAGAGCAGAAUUAGGAUUGGCAGAUUUAGAAAACCAAAUAUUUAACUCCGUUAGGACCCUGGAUGCUUCAUCAAAUACUAUCGACUUCUCAGGGGCUGUUCCAGUAUUACAGGCUGAUGGAUCAACAAAACUUUGUGUAGAGAAACUUGAAACAAGAGAAGAAGUAAAGAAAGAUCCCCUGCUGGAGUGCGUACAUAAAUCUGUAGAGAAAUGUCAUUACACGUACAAAACUCAAUUCGUGCCUGUACAGGAACAGGUAUGUGAUGACAACUAUGUGAAGCAUUGUACAAUUAUGUACAAACAAAUCGCUACAAACGAGACCUACACUCACUGCUACAAACCCCUUGUUAAAGACUGUACAAAAUCGAAUGAACCUGCGGAGGAAAUCUGCAGAGAUUAUUUUGAGUCUUCUUGUACAACAAAGUAUGUGGAAAAGUCUCCAGGGAAGCACGUGGCUGAUACUUCAUGCGAGAAGAUUCCGGUCAGACUGUGUGGAGAUUCUAACUGUAGGAUGGUAGAGGGGAAGGAAGAGUGCCAUGACAAGGUAACUGUAUCUAUAGUUGACCAGCCUGAAGAGCAUUGUGAUUUGACCCCCCAGAAGACCUGUCGACAUAAAACAACCCUGGUACCUAAACUUCAGCCUUCUCAUGAAUGUACUAAAGUACCAAGAGAAGUUUGCAGUAUAAAGUAUGUUAACACUAGGGUGGAAAAGGUUCCCUUUAAAUCUCUAUGGUGUCAAGAUGAGAGUGAAGUAGAGACUGAAACAGAUGUAUUAUCCGAAGGUAUUGAACUACCCGAAGAACCAGAUGUCCUCGACGGAUACGUUUACGAGGUUCCUGAAACUCCUCUUCAAUCUUAUAGACCAACUGUAACAGAUCCUGCAGAAGCAUUUACACCACCUCCACCUCCUCCUGCAACGUCUGCUCCUCCAACCACUCCCAGGGUACAAGUUGUAGCACUUACACCUGAAUCUCUUGAGGCUGCUGUUCUGAAAGCAACUAAACAGGCUAUAAUCAAUGCUAUUACAGAAGCUACUGCGCUUGCCGAUUCCUCAGAGAGUAAAAGAAGGUUAACUGUAGCUGUUACUGAUGCUUUAGUGCAGGCGGUGAAAGCCUCCUUAAAGAAAGCGGUUGCCUCCCAGGUAAGUAGUAACAAACCUCCUUCUGCUAGUUCCUUGGAGAUUACUUUGCAACAGGGUGUUAGAGCAGCUGUAGAGAACUCUGUUAGGAAUGCGGUGGCGCUGAGAUCUGAUAAAAUGUCUUCAACAAUGGAAGCUGAAUUACUCAGCAUGAAAACCAGUAUCGAACUUGCUCUUAUCAAUGCAGUAAGGCAGGCUGUCCAGAAUUCAGUUCGGAAAGCUUUUCAGACAAAAUCAAUUAGCUCCCAAACGGAAAACAUUGUUGAAAACACCGAAGGACAAAAUCAGCUGAUUGAAAAUAAUGUUGUCAAUGUUAGUAACCAGAACAAUGGCAACCAAGCAGCCCUCUCAGCCUCAAUACAACAAGCCGUUUUACUAGCUGUACAGCGGGCUGUAAAAUUAAGCCUUCAACGUCAGACUGAAGUUGACAGUCAAGGGGCACGCUUAGCAAUACAACAAGCAGUAAACCAAGCAGUUGCUCUUGCAAUCAAGAAUAGGCUCAGUUCAAGCUCUUCUGUCGCAUCAGAGCUAGAUAUAAAAUCAGCUGUUGAGAAAUCUGUUAUGAAAUACCUAGAGUCAGCUCUUCUCGAGACUACAAGUACAACUAGAGCCACCAAACAACAAAAAGAUGCGCUAAGUACAGCGCUAAGACAGGCUGUCAAGCAGGCUGUUGAGAGAUCUGUUACAACUGUAAUAAAAUCGAAAGCGUAAAUUAUGAGAUCCUUUUCUUUUCAUAGUUUUAAUCCUGGACUGUCUAAGCCUAGUCUUUCACCUUCAUAGUUAUAUCUAUUAAAAGCAAUCCUAGUCCCCAAACGGCAAACGCGUUUCCUAUCUGUCUAACCUUAUUAUUUUAUUCCAUUUAUUUAAACUACUUUAUGCACAUACCCAACAUUUUGUAUUAUUUCAACAAAUAUUCAUAUUAUUUAGCACGAUGCUUUCCAUACGAGCCAUUUAAUAUCCAACCCUACUAUUUUAUAUCCAAUACUUUCUAAACAAACCAAUAUCCAACCCUACUAUUUUAUAUCCAAUACUUUCUAAACAAACCAAUAUCCAACCCUACUAUUCUUUAUAUCCAAUACUUUCUAAACAAACCAAUAUCCAACCCUACUAUUUUAUAUCAAAUACUUGCUAAACAAACCUAUAUCCAACCCUGCUAUUCUUUAUAUACAAUACUUUCUAAACAAACCAAUAUCCAACCCUACUAUUUUAUAUCCAAUACUUUCUAAACAAACCAAUAUCCAACCCAACUAUUCUUUAUAUCCAAUACUUUCAUAUUAAACAUAUAUCCAACCCUACUAUUCUUUAUAUCCAAUACUUUCUAAACAAACCAAUAUCCAACCCUACUAUUUUAUAUCAAAUACUUGCUAAACAAACCAAUAUCCAAUUCAUACUAUUCUUUAUAUACUUUCUAAACAAACCAAUAUCCAGCCUUACUAUUCUUUAUAUCCAAUAGUUUCUUAUCCAACCAAUAUCCAACCCUACUAUUAAUAUCCAAUACUUUCUUAUCAAACAAAUAUUCAACCCUACUUAUUCUUUUUUAUUCAAUAUUUUAUCGUCCAACAAAUAUUCAACCCUGCUAUUCUUUAUAUUGAAUACUUUCUACACAGACCAAUAAUCAAUAUCCCUUUUGUUCUUUCUUCCAAUUAAUAUCCAACCCUUCUAUUCUUUAUAUCCAAUACUUUUUUAUCCAACAAAUAUCCUAUCAUAGUAUUCUUUAUAACAAACAUUUUCUCAGCCAACCUUUAAUCAACCCUACUAUUUUUUAUUCAAAUUAAUAUCCAACCCUACUAUUCUUUAUAUCCAAUACUUUCUUACCCAAACAAUAUCAACCCUACUAUUCUUUAUAUCCAACAUUUUCUCAGCCAACCUUUAUUCAACCCUCCUUUUUUUUAUUUCAAUUAAUAUCCAACCCUACUAUUCUUUAUAUCCAACAUUUUCUCAGCCAACCUUUAAUCAACCCUACUAUUCUUUAUUCCAAUUAAUAUCCAAUCCUACUAUUCUUUAUAUCCAAUACUUUCUAAACAAACCAAUAUCCAACCCUACUAUUCUUUAUAUCCAACAUUUUCUAAACAAACCAAUAUCCAACCCUACUAUUCUUUAUAUCCAAUACUUUCUAAACAAACCAAUAUCCAACCCUGCUAUUCUUUAUAUCCAAUACUUUCUAAACAAACCAAUAUCCAACCCAACUAUUCUUUAUAUCCAAUACUUUCUAAACAAAACAAUAUCCAACCCCACUAUUCUUUAUAUCCAAUACUUUCUAAACAAACCAAUAUCCAACCCUACUAUUCUUUAUAUCCAAUACUUUCU